UUUGUUGGGUUUGUUGUUUGUCAUAGGGCUGCGAGGGCCGAGGCGUUGUCAUAAUCUUUAAUGUUUUUUGCAACAAAAUUUGUAAUUAAGAUUAUUCCGAGCACUUCUUAUAGUUAAUUUAGGUUUAUUUAAUAUAAAUAUAUCUAUUUGUGCAAUCUGCUGUGUGAGUGAAGGUGUGUAUUUGUUUUGACGAGUGGGAACCUAACCUCAAAAUGCGAAGCUUCGAAUAUAACCUUGAAGUCCGAUAAGAGAGACUCGUGUCGAUAUUUAAUACAUAGUUUCUGUACAAAAUGGAACGAAAUGAGGAAGACUGGUCGGUGGAAUGCUCCGACGAUGAAAAAUACGAGGCUGAUUCAAAAGGUGAAUGGGUUUUUAAGUCAGACGAAAUAAUUACCCUAAUUGAAGGCUUGGAUACGAACAACAGGAUUUUAGAGCUCGAAUGGAAAUGUCCAGGAAGGCGCGGUCCUUCUCCUGUCCCUUCGAAUAACCACCAACAGGAUCACAAUCUGCAGGACUACAAAACUGAAGAAAAAUCAGAUUUCGACUUCAUGGACGAAAUGGCCUCGCCCCGAAUUCCAGUUCGCCGCGUAGGAGAAAUCACUCCAAAAGGUAGUGCAAAGAAGAAAACUGCAAGUUUCAAUGGAGUUUUAUCGACGAUGUUGCGUCAUCGUAGACUAGAACAGCAGGAGAUCAACUCGACUCCCAAAAAGAGCGAACCCAGUUCACCUGGUAUGAAACCACAACCUACCACAUAACCUUCUUGUGUUCCAAGCUUCGAAAAUGAAGCCGAAAGAAGAACUUCUUUCAUGAAAGUUUGACUCUUAGAUAAUUUUACCAGAAAGUGAUUCGAAGUAGACGUAAGCUCUGCUCGGGAUAAUCUAACCUGUCAAAGAAAUUCUAUAUAAGUCGUGUGGGCGCUCGAAGCAUCAGAGACUUUGAAAAGCGAGUGGAUAGAGGUCUUGGAGAGAAAAGAAUCUAAUUUUAAUAGGAAAGCAUUAGUUUAAAACUUAUUUUUUUCGAUUUUAGUCAAAAUGAUCGUUACCCCUAAAAAGGUAAAAUUGAUUUAUCCUCUGUGAGGCUCUUCUAUGAAAUAAUGAUUCUAUGAUUCUACGAUUAAUAGUGUAUAUGACUAGAUAUUUGGUAGAUUUUCAAUCGAAUAUGUCAUUGAAAAGAUUAGUGUAUUUCUUCUCUGGUCGUCCUAGUAUCUUUUGUUCAAUAUUUAGUAUUCGAGGGUAAGUUAUAUAUUGUACAAAGGAGAAUAAAAAAUGUAUGUAUAUAUUUAUCGGAACGUGAAAAUUGUCGUAAUUAGAAGACGUAGUUGCAAUAGCGAAUACUAUGGCUAGCAAAGGAUAUGGCUAACAAAGAGUAUGACUAUUUUCUCAACGCCAGUUGUCUGGGUUAAUCACUUAUCGAGUAUCUCUAGCUUUUUACUUUCAAUGCGUUGACAUUAAGUAAUCUUUAAAUCUGUUCUCAUGAUCUAUAUAUAUAUAUAUAUAUUCUAACUGUUUCAUUUUUAAGAGUGAAUUAUAAUACAGGUAUAAAUACAUUUUAUAAUUCGAACUUUCAAAUACAAUAUCCAUAUUUUCAGUUAAAAAAAUUCAAAUGUACAUUUUAUUUAAAAAAAAUAAAAGUUUUUAUUAAAGUCA